AUGGAAAGUAAAUCCGAACUUGCAUGCGUGUACGCCGCUCUAAUUCUGGCCGAUGAUGAUGUCGACGUCACAGGUAGGUUGACUUAAUGCUCUAGUUUCCCGUAGCCGACAAAAUCAACGCUAUCCUUAAAGCAGCCAACGUAAAAUUCGUCGAGCCGUACAUGCCAGGACUUUUUGCUGGCGCUUUAGCCGGGCGUAAUGUCAAGGAGAUGAUUGCGUCCAUGGCCGCGCCUGGCGCUGCUGCUGCCGCCCCGGCAGCCGCCGCCCCCGCCGCUGCUGCUGCUGCUGCUUCCGAAUCAAAGGGGAAGGAAGCCGCUCCCGCGAAGGAGGCUGCGAAACCCGAGUCUGAAGAGUCCGACGAUGACAUGGGCUUCUCUCUGUUCGACUAG